CUUUUGAUCUGAGACUCGAUUUGGAAGUUAUUGGCCGCUGUUAAAAUAAAAAAAAACUCAAAAAUGCAGUCGUCCUUUGUAGUUUUGUUGUGCCUGGUAGCUUGCAUUUCACUGACGAACGCUUUUACAAUUUAUACUUUUGGCGAUAGGGUUCAAAUUCAAAAGAAAGAUACGGUGGAUACCAUUGCUGAUUCCUUGAAACAAGAACUUCAAAUAAUGAAUGGUGAGAAAUACGGAAAGAAAAAAUGGGACCCCAGAAUUUACAGAACAUCACGCCAAAAUACCAACGUAAUUUGGAUGAAGAUCAAAGUUGAUCACAAGAAAUUUCUUGGAGUUGUCAUCGAAGACGCUUACUCUGGUUCACCUAAUAUUAUUGAAUGUGAAGUCGGAUACGACAGAAAUAUGGGAAUGAAAACAGGAGCUUUAAUUCUCUAACUUUUUUAUUUCUAUCUUCUUUCAUUAUCUGUACAAAACAAAUCAUAUGUGAGUAUAUAUUGAAAUGGAAAACAAAGUCAGUAUUUAAAUUAUGAAGUGUGAUUUUAUACCUUAUACUGUACUUUUUGAUUAUCGAUACAAUGACUUUUUUCCUUUAAGUUGACUAAUUUAAACGUGAGACGUCUCCGUCAUCGUUAGUAAUAUGGAACGUUUUUUUAUUAUUAAGCAUUGUCGAAUCGCAUGUCGUCAAUUCACAAUAAAUUGAUCUAGUUUAUAGGGCGAAGUAUUUUAUCAACAAUAAGUCAAAAGCUUCUAUCGGAUUCUUUUCAGAAUUUUUGUCUAGAUCGAAUCGAGUGUUAAACUGGAGUUGACUUGAUUCAUUGAAUGUGUUUUAAGAAUUUUUUGACUCAACUUUGUGUAUUAUAUUUAUUUUAAAUAUCGUUUCUUAUCUUUGAUGAAUUUAUUUUAUUUUAUUUAAUAAACAUUAAAAAAUUUA